AUGUCCUAUAAAUCUUUCGCUUUUUUAGCUGAAGUGGAAACAGUUCGGGAGCGUCAGGGCUUUUCGUCAGAUGAAGCAGACGCGUCUGCUCCCAGUACAAGUAAACGAACGGCGAAAAUUACUGCAGCUUCAGGCGUCCAUGAUUGUAACAUCGUCCAGAAAAAUCUAACACGCAGCAGUGAUCAGCCGGAUAUCUCUCCACCACGUCGCAAAAUAAAGAAGGAACCACCCGAUUCAGAUGCCUCGCCACCAAGAAAUCACACCGGAAGGAGGACGAACUUUUCAAGGGGGGAUUUAAGCAGCAGGAGUGAGGAUUCGGAUAUCUCACCAGUGCGACGCGGUAAUGCGGCAGACGACAAUGAUUCGGAUGUGUCGCCUCCUCGUAGACGACGAGCCAGGGGCGACAGUGCUGAAGAUGGCUCUGUACGGCGAAGAGACGAAUCUGACCAUUCUGGGCAUCAAAAACGGAAACAUGGGGAACGUGAUUCUACGCGACGGCGAAGAAGUAGAAGCAGAGAUCAUGAUUCUUAUGAUUCAGUAAAACGUUCCAGAAGAGAUGGCGAAAAAUUGAGAACCCGUGAUCGCAGAAGGAAUGAAAGUCGAGGUGGACAUCACCGAGAUCGUGAAGGUUGCUCAUUUAAAAUCAUUGUCGCCUUUUUUGGUUUUUAA